AUGCGUCGACGACUGCGCUCGUUGUUCCAGACGCAUUUCAAGCAACACGGAAAUGCAGAGGAUAGGAAAGCUUCUAAGGACCAAGAGCAGGCUUGCCCUGCAUCUCUGCUCUCGUUGCCGACGUCUACACAGCACAUCCCCGCCACUCUCUCUACGCCCUCCCUCCCCCUCACGGCCGCUCCGGCUACCGGUUCCAUUAAUAUAGAGACGUCCACCCCACAGGCCCCAGCCACCGGUUCCGCCGACAGAGAGACGUCCGCUGGCGCGAAUGACACCACUACCAGCUUACCUGCACGACUCUGGGAGCGUGCCUAUAACGAGCUUAAACAAGAAGUCAAAUUGGUGGACGCAUAUGAGAAGAUACUGUCCCGACAGCUACAAAAUGGCUCCAACUCAAUGGUGCUCGAGUCUCAGCCGAACAUCAUCGCCCAAAACAACUCGGACAGGCACCGCCAAAUGAUUCAGCUUAUCAAUGCUGGUCUAGCCAAGACUGAGAGAGAAGCUAAAGUGAAAGAGAGCUGUGGUGAAGUUAUGGACGUUGUUCUAUCCGUUAAGAACAUUAUAAGUACGGCAAUCCAGGCUGCGCCCCAAGCCGCGCUCGCUUGGACUGGCAUUUGUAUCGCUUUAGAGAUGCUUGCCAACCCUAUAAAAGCGACCGAAGCCAACCGCAAAGGGAUCGACUACGUUAUUAAGAGAAUGGACUGGUACUGGAAUUCGUCGAACAGCUUUCUCAAACCCACCAACAUCAGCGAGCUCGAUGGAAUGAGAGGCGAAUUGAAGAUCCAAAUUGUUGGCCUCUACAAGGCGUUCCUCUCUUACCAGAUUAAGAGUGUUUGUGCUUAUUAUAGCAACCGCGGCCUAGCCUUUCUCCAAGAUAUAGUCAAGCUUGACGACUGGAAUGCUUAUUUGGCGGCUAUUCAAGACGCUGAGAAGCGCUUUGACACAGACGCCAAAACAUACAUCACUCAGAAAGGAACAUCUUAUCUCGAGCAGCUCGUCAGCUAUAUAAGGCACCAAGAAAUACAACAAAUGUCAGAAAAGGACCAGCAAUGCCUGAAGCACUUACGCCUUACCAAUCCUCGCGAUGAUAAAGCCCGCAUCGAACGGACCAAAGGCGGCCUUUUGCGGGACUCAUAUCGUUGGGUCCUCAAUAACGCUGACUUUCAACAAUGGCGUGACGACCCACAGCACCGACUGCUCUGGAUUAAGGGCGACCCCGGCAAAGGGAAGACUAUGUUGCUGUGCGGUAUUAUCGAUGAGCUG